AUGGUUCAAAUUGGUGGCAUCGUCCUCACCGCCUCCCACAACCCUGGUGGCAUCAACAACGACUUCGGCAUCAAGUUCAACUGCAGCAACGGAGGUCCUGCCCCCGACCACACCACCAAUGACAUCUACAAACUGACCACCACCAUCAAGGAGUAUAAGAUCGUGCCGGACAUCAACUGUGCCGUUGACAAGAUUGGAGUGCAGAACUUCACUGUAGGAGACCGCCCCUUCGUGGUCGAAGUGGUCGACUCUGUGAGGGACUACGUAGACUACAUGAAGGAGAUCUUUGACUUCCCCAAGAUCAAGACCCUCAUCCAAGGCUCGGAGCAGAGGAAGCCUUUCAAUGUGCUGAUCGACUCUAUGAAUGGAGUAACCGGGCCGUACGUUCAGCGAAUAUUCGUCGAAGAGCUAGGAGCGUCAGAGAAGAAUGUUCGCCGCGUGGUGCCGUUAGAAGACUUUGGAGGGGCGCACCCGGAUCCCAAUCUGACGUAUGCGGCUGAUCUGGUGACAGCUGUCAAGAAUGGCGACUACGAUUUCGGAGCUGCUUUCGAUGGCGAUGGCGACCGCAACAUGAUAAUCGGCCGCGGCGCGUUCUUCGUGACUCCAUCCGACUCGCUGGCAGUCCUUGCGAACAACCUGCAGCAUAUCCCGUACUUCCAGCGGACUGGAGUCCGAGGCUUCGCCAGGAGUAUGCCUACCGCGGCAGCCGUGGACAGGGUGGCGGUUGCUAAGGGGCAGGAGAUGUUCGAAGUGCCUACUGGUAAGCUAAUGCCCCAAUAUUUGAUGAACAACAUGAUAAUCGGCCGCGGCGCGUUCUUCGUGACUCCAUCCGACUCGCUGGCAGUCCUUGCGAACAACCUGCAGCACAUACCUUACUUCCAGCGGACUGGAGUCCGAGGCUUCGCCAGGAGUAUGCCCACUGCAGCAGCCGUGGGUAGGGUGGCGGCCGCUAAGAGGCAGGAGAUGUUCGAAGUGCCUACUGAUUCCAGAUACGACUACGAAGAAUGCGCAAGCGACCCUUGCAACGAAAUGAUGCAAGCUCUUGAGAAGAAAAUGACCGAGCCCGGCUUCGUAGCGUCAUCUCACUCUAGCGGCGACAAGACAUACGUCGUCAAACUGGCCGACAACUUCUCGUAUAUGGAUCCCAUAGACCAGAGCGUGUCUAUGAAGCAGGGUCUUCGCAUAAUAUUUGAAGACGGCUCUCGCAUCGUGAUGCGGUUGAGUGGUACCGGCAGUUCUGGUGCUACCGUCAGAUUGUACAUAGACUCGUACGAGGCUAAGAACGUGUUGGGCGAUGCACAAGUAAUGCUGCGGCCUCUCAUAGACGUCGCGCUACAAAUAUCGCAGCUUCAAAAGUACACCGGCAGAGACGCCCCCACUGUUAUUACAUAAGCAAAACUAAGGUAAAUUACCUACAUUUACUACAUAAAUAAGAAC